AGAGAGUCUUCUUCCCCUUUCACUCUUCCCUCUCUCUGUAAUGUCUCUCUCUUUCAAAAUUCGAAGCCUCCGAUUCUCGUGCUAAAUAAUCAUUCAAACUUCUCUGAAAUGUCUAUUUGGCCGCGAUUGAACCGUUGUAAGCCCAACUUUUGAGCUCCCAAGUUUGAGUUAUUGAAACUGUGGUUGUUGAGUUUGGCGUCUGUUUGGUCUUUGGUUGGUUCUUUAUGCGAGAGAUCUAUUAAAUAUUAAUUCUUCGAAAUUAAAUUCAAUCGCUGCCUUGUGUUUCGAAGAAUCUGAAUCUUCGAGUGAGGACUGCAGCUACUGAGCUACAGCCUUGGAACAUCCAAGUUAAACAAGGAGAUGCCAACAGCAACCUAGCUGGAAUGACGACCUUCCAGAACACACAGGAAAUACAAUCCUCAACCGAAGUUUCACAUGAGUCUCAGAGUGAACAGCAGAACAAUCAUUCGGAAGAGCCUCCCUUAGCAGACUCUGGCUCUGUAUCUGCUUCAAGUAAUGAUAACAGAAAGGUUUCUCACCAAGAUAUUGAGAUUGUCCAGAAUUUAAUAGAACGGUGCCUCCAACUGUAUAUGAAUAGAGAUGAGGUGGUCAAAACCCUUUUAACUCGUGCAAGGAUUGACCCUGGAUUUACGACUUUAGUUUGGCAGAAGUUGGAAGAAGAAAAUGCAGAUUUCUUCCAGGCCUAUUACAUAAGGCUGAAAUUGAAAAAACAGAUUCUUUUAUUCAAUCAUUUGCUUGAGCAUCAGUUUCAUCUUAUGAAGUUUCCUGUGCCUCCAAAGGUUCCCUUGGCUCCUAUACAAAAUGGGAUUCAUCCCAUGCCCUUUUGCAGCGCAGUUAACAACAUGCCUAUGGGUUACCCUGUUCUACGACAACCUCCAAUUCCAGCUCCAGGCCAACCCCAUAUUGAUUCCACGAGCUGUGAAAUAUCAAGCUGUCAUGUGGUUAAUGGGGUUCCUGCACCGGGCAAUUUUCAACCCAUUCGGAUGAAUUCUGAGAAUGAGAUGAUGAUGGAUACAAGUGCAGCUGAGAUAGCUCCUGUUAUUUCUCCUAGCAAUGUUAUGUCAGAAAUGUCUGUGAGUCCUACGUCUGCCGCAUCUGGUGGUCAUUUCCCUUUCACUGCAUCAGACAUGUCGGGAAUGAGAGUUGACACUUCUGCUCUAGAUACAAUAUUCACAUCAGAUGUGGCAAGUUCAGUAGGAUUGCAGCUUGGACCUGACGGUGGGGCUGGAAACUCCAGAGAUUUCCUCAGAUCAUUGGAUCAAAUUCAGUGGAAUUUCAGCCUCUCAGAUCUGACUGCAGAUUUGUCAAAUUUGGGGUAUUUAGAGGCCCUUGGAAACGAUCCUGGUUCUCCAUUUCUGCCCUCAGAUUCAGAAAUCUUACUCGAUUCUCCAGAGCCAGAUGACAUAGUGGAGGAGUUUUUUGUUGACUCUGUCGCUGGUCCAUGCUCUCAGUCUGACGAAGAGGCAUCCUAGACAGUGGUAUGCUGCGCAUAUUUUCAUUCAAAUUUGUUAGAAUGGGGUUUAGAACAUAUGAAUUAGACUAGCAUGUCAUCCGUACCAGGCACUUUUAGUAAUUUGAACAACUGAGCAAUCUGUUGUAAUUUUCAGCUAGCAGAAAUGUAAUAUUUGCUCCUGUUUCUUGAGUAGACAGUCAAUAAAAUUCUAUUAUCGAACCUUGAGAUUCUUAAUAUUUAUGCAAAAUAGUUGCUGGUAUCAUUA